AUGUUGUUAGGAGAAUCAGUUUUCAGUGCUUUUGCGGAGCCCCCAUCGGCUAAACAAGCUGACCUUGAGGAAUUGCUCUUGGAUACCAGGGGCUUCCAUUUUGAUGAUCACGACGCUGAUCAUUCUCUACGUUCCAGUACGGGCCUUACGAUCUCUCCUUUUGAAAUCCAUUCCUCUGUUAUCGAUUCCAUAUUUGAGGAUCCAGAUGCUCAAGCAGCUCCAAUGUUGGAGUCAAGAGAGGACUCUUCGUCUUGGGAGCCACUUUUCAAGGAGGAAGAUGAUCUAAUCCAGAUAGCUGUGCAGCCCACUCCUGCUGUUAAAGAGGAGACUUUGCCGAAGGCAUUGGUGACGUCACCUUUGACAGACAUGGAAGAGUCCAGACGCUCAGUUUCUUGUACUAGCGAGACAUCCUUUUCACCUAAAAAGGAUCGCUUCGGCUGUACCCCUUACACUAGAAAGAAGAGGUCUCUUCCUUUAGAGCCAGUUGUGCCCGAGGGCGCGGAUGCUGCCGCUAUUAAGAGGGCUAAGAACACGGAAGCUGCUAGAAGAUCGCGUGCUCGUAAAAUGGAAAGAAUGUCUCAGCUUGAGGAUAAGUGCGAGUCUUUGAUGCAGGAAAACGAGUCUUUGAAGUUGGAAGUUGCUCGUCUCAAGAGUCUUCUGCAGCAUUCUUCGUAA